AUGUUCGAUCAUAUCUUCGCUUCAGAUUGUGCCGGUCCUAGCUCGAGAACAUUCAUCGACAUCAACGUGAAGAAUAUGAUUGCGGAAGAGGUUCUUCAACUACUUGGCUUGAAGCGCAUAUAUCUGCUGGAUCCCAUCAGGACUACGGCCAAAGCAGAGUCUGUUAUGCAUAUCGUUCAGGAACUGGAGGGUGGUGCGGAAUAA